AUGCUUUCUCUUCGCAAAUUUUUCUGCAGACCACGACCAGAUGAUUGGUGUCCACUGGCUAAAUUCUAUUACGCUGAUGAGGCUUUGACAGAAAUCGCGAAUGAAUUAGAUUCGUUUGAUGGGAAACGAGAUCCAGAUAGAUGUACUGCACUUGUACAUAAAUUACGAAUUGCUCAAGAUCGUUUAUUGCAUAUUAUUGAAGAAAUGAUUAUUAUAUUAUAUCCCAUCAAGAGUGAGAGAGCUAAUAGAGAUUUUCGAGCAAAAUUUCCGGAUGAGAUAGUUCAUGACAAUCUUCCUGGGCAAUUAUGGUUUGGAGCAGAGUGCUUAUCAGCUGGAUCCAAUAUUGUAGACCACGAAUUUGAAUCUGAAUGUAUACGUCCACUAGCAAAAGCUGUAACAGCUCAUUUGGAUUAUUUGCGCAGCAUGCUCAAAGACCAAGCAUUACGUAAUCCUCGCGAAUAUACCCAUGAAAUUAAAAAAUCAUUAUUAUUAUUCGAUCAUAUGUUUGCCAACUUUGAAUUUCAAUAUGUUAGCGCAAUGGUUUCUGUUAAAACAUCACGCGAACAUGAUGCUCAACAAUUGAUUGCCGUACUAUUUGCUGAUACUUUGCAACGAGCACUUCGUUGUCAUUAUAUUACACAAGAGCAAAUUGAAUAUUUCGAUCCAGCAGUUAUGUUUAUAAUUCCUCGUCUAGCUGUUUUGUGGGGCUUAUUGCAUUAUCCUGAAGGAGCACUGAAUCUCGAUCCUGGAGCUGAAAAUGAACUAUCAGACAUGUUUCGACCAUACAUUCCAUUACUACAGAAUAUCAAGAAACUAUUGAAAGUACUAACUGUAGCAGAAUUAUCAGCUGUAGAGAAUAUAUUGUGCUCAGGAGAAGAUGAAAGUGCAAAAAACAAGCAGAGCGCUCUCGAUUUUAAUGACGAUAAUAGCAGCAAGCUUUUCAUUCGCGCUCGAAAAGAUCAAACCACGGAGAACGCGGACAAUGAUUCGAAAAUGGAAAAUGUCGUAAAGGACGAUAACGAUAGUGGGGCAGUGGAAGAUGAAGAUCAUGUAAAUGAGAAUGAGCAAGGAGCUGGACUGUGCUUUGCUGUUGAAUACACAAAUGCUGAUGACACAAUUGAAGCAUUCUGUGUUGAACGAAGUGAUCGUUUUGAUUUAUGUGGUCGAGAAGACAUUCGUGGUAUUCAAGAUAAUCCAUUGGAUGAACUUGUGUGUGUGGAAAGGAAUGCUAAUACACCUCCACCAAGCGAGGACGAAUUAUCGACCUUUAGUGAUUCAAAAGCCGAAACUCAUGAGCUAGUUGUUGAAGAAGCAGAAGCCACAAAAAGCGUCACAAAAACAUUGAGAACAUCCGGAGAUUUUCGUAUUCGUUACGUAUCAUCAGAUGAUAUGAUUCAUAGAAUAUUUGUGUGCGUUUCAGCUGUUGCUGAUCAAUUACAAACCAACUAUUCGUCAGAUGUUCGCAAACUUCUGAAAAUGGUUCUCUUUCCAACCGAAGAUUCAUUACCUGUUGAUGAAAUUCAUGGUCAAACUGCUGAAACGGCAAACAAUGAAGAAGAAACUGGUGUAGAAGUGAAUGAACAUCUUCCAAUGCCUCCUUAUGUUGGAGUACGAUGGGUUCCUGAUGAUGAUGUAUCUCAAUGCACUUCUUGCUACAGUAGUUUCACAUUCAUACGUCGUCGACAUCAUUGUCGCAAUUGUGGACGAAUUUUUUGCGGAAGUUGCAGCAGAAAAAGCAUUGAAAUUCCGGACUUGGGUUAUGAUAGUCGGGUUCGUGUAUGCAAUUUAUGCUAUUUGAGUUUGGUACAUCCAUUCUUACCAUGCUCAAGUGGGGACGAAGAAUCCGAUAAUGAAACUUCAUCUGAAACAGCUGUGGAAUAG